UGAUCCAUUACGAGGCCCAGUAAUUCUGGGAGUGUUUUCCUGUAGAUAAUAAGACAACUUUUACUGUAGCGUGUGGAAUACUCGUAAUAUAAGCGAUAUAGUUAUUCUAACUAUUCUGGGUACGUGAGCGCUAUUUUAUAAAGUAAUAUUUUAAGCCUUUGGACAUUUUCCAAAGGAAAAUAUAGUUUGUAAAGCCCAGUCGUUGACAACUGCAAGUGGAGUUCGAAUCCUAGCUAGAAAGCUUAUGAUGCCUACGUUGCGGGACAGCACCAUGUCCCACCCCGGCGAGAAUCCUCACCAAGUCCGGGUGAAAGCUUACUAUAAAGGGGAUAUCAUGAUCACACACUUCGAGCCCUCCAUCUCCUACGAGGGCCUGGCCAAUGAGGUGAGAGACAUGUGCGCUCUGGAGAACGACCAGCUCUUCACAAUGAAGUGGAUAGACGAAGAAGGGGAUCCAUGCACAGUGUCAUCACAGCUGGAGCUGGAAGAAGCCUUGCGCCUCUAUGAGCUCAACAAAGACUCUGAGCUCAUCAUUCACGUGUUUCCUUGUGUACCCGAGAAGCCCGGCAUGCCAUGCCCAGGAGAAGACAAGUCCAUAUACCGACGUGGGGCGCGGCGCUGGAGAAAGCUAUACUAUGCCAACGGCCAUGCCUUCCAGGCCAAACGCUUCAAUCGGCGGGCGCACUGUGCGAUCUGCACGGACCGUAUCUGGGGGCUGGGCCGGCAGGGCUACAAGUGUGUCAACUGUAAGCUGCUGGUACACAAGAAGUGCCACAAGCUGGUGACGUUGGAGUGCGGCAGGCAGAUGAUCCAGGAGCCUCUCCUUCCUCCCAUGGAUCAGGUCUCCGCACCCUCAGAGCACCCCAAGCCAGUCCAUCCACACAAAUACUCCAACGAGAGCCUGAAUCACGAAGGGGAGGAGAAAGAGGCGACGGGCAGGGAUGCCGGGAAGGCCGCGUCCAGCCUGGGGCUGAUCGACUUUGACCUGCUGCGCGUGAUUGGCCGAGGCAGCUACGCCAAGGUGCUGCUGGUGCGGCUGAAGAAGACAGAGCGCAUCUACGCCAUGAAGGUGGUGAAGAAGGAGCUCGUCAACGACGACGAGGACAUCGACUGGGUGCAGACAGAGAAGCAUGUCUUUGAGCAGGCCUCCAACCACCCCUUCCUCGUGGGGCUGCAUUCUUGCUUCCAGACGGAGAGCAGGCUCUUCUUCGUGAUCGAGUAUGUGAAUGGCGGCGACCUGAUGUUCCACAUGCAGCGGCAGCGCAAACUCCCAGAGGAGCACGCCAGGUUUUACUCAGCAGAAAUCAGCCUGGCCUUGAACUACCUGCAUGAGAGAGGCAUCAUCUACAGAGAUCUGAAGCUGGACAACGUGCUGCUCGAGUCCGAGGGACACAUCAAACUCACAGACUACGGCAUGUGCAAGGAGGGGCUGAGGCCAGGAGACACAACGAGCACCUUCUGCGGAACCCCCAACUACAUCGCCCCAGAGAUUCUUCGGGGAGAGGACUACGGCUUCAGUGUAGACUGGUGGGCUCUGGGUGUCCUGAUGUUUGAGAUGAUGGCUGGAAGGUCGCCCUUCGAUAUUGUGGGCAGUUCAGAUAACCCUGACCAAAACACAGAGGAUUAUCUUUUCCAAGUUAUAUUGGAGAAGCAGAUUCGUAUCCCCAGGUCAUUAUCGGUGAAGGCGGCCAGCGUCCUGAAAGGCUUCCUUAACAAGGACCCCAAGGAGCGUCUCGGCUGCCACCCUCAGACGGGCUUUGCGGAUAUCAUGGGCCACCCCUUCUUCAGGAACGUGGACUGGGACCUUAUGGAGCAGAAACAAGUGGUGCCGCCGUUUAAGCCCAAUAUUUCUGGAGAGUUUGGCCUGGAUAACUUCGAUGUUCAGUUCACCAAUGAGCCUAUCCAGCUAACGCCAGACGAUGAUGAUGCUGUAAAGAAGAUCGACCAGUCCGAGUUCGAAGGCUUCGAGUACAUCAACCCCCUCCUGAUGUCGGCUGAAGAGUGCGUGUGAAUGCCCCCCUCUCGGCUGCCACGUUGCCUUUUGUUCAACACUGCAUGGUUAAAUGUGCACCGACGUACCUGCGAACAUGUGUACCAACACCAAACCAAACGAAUCCCAGAUGAUCAUCAUCCUACUGCAGACGGAGUGGCUAUGUGCUCUGAGACGCUAGUUGCCAAACCAAUCUCACUCUGCCAUUUACAACCACUAGUCCUUAAGUCUACCUUUUUUUUGCGUUUUUUGUUUGUUUACCUGGACUGUUUAUUUUUUUUGUUUCUGUUUGUCUGUUUCUUAAUUAUUUUGUAUUAUUAUGUAAAGCCACACUGAUCAGCGUAUUUAUCGGUGCCUUCUGUGUAAGUGGACCCCUAUGAGGUGAAUUGGGGAGAAAGCAAGCAAGUGAGCGAGCGAGAGAGUUCGCAAGGUGGAUCAAGAGGAAGGGAAGACUACACACAGACCUGUCUUUUCCCUCAUGGCUCCCUUUAUGGCUGGUGUGAUGGCGAAGAUUUAAUGUGUACAUAUCUGGAAGAUGGUGGGUGUAAGGCAGUCGGCAUGGUCCUUUAAAUAAAAACACUAAGAAAUAACACUGUUCACCAAGGGCAUAUUUUUGAACACUUCAUUUUGCCCCCCUCGUACCUCUUCCAAGGCCACUUCUGGUUCAUGUGGGCGGUGGGAGAAAUGCAGAAAAAAAGCAACACUAUCCUUUUGUUUACGCUUGUACUUCUGUGUUGUGUAUUUCCCUCCCUCAACCCUUUGAAUGACAUGGCGAUAUGGAAAAAUGUACAGAUUGUUUCUAUAAAGCCAGGGUUCCUGUCCGUGCCAGAGAGAGGAGAGAGCCCCUGUAUGGUCUGUUGGCAGAUGUAGUGAAGACGGGAUGGGGAUGGGGGCCCCUUCUGAGCCCAACCACCUGGUGGGGGGUUGUGGGAGGGUGGGGGACCCUGUAGAGGGCGAGUAGGAACAUUAACAGCAAUGUAAAUACUGACAAACUGUGAAUGGAGAGGGAUUUUUCUGAAAGGAGAGUGGAGGAAAUGGCAGUGGGCUGUGACGCAAGAGCCCCCACCCCCCCAACCAACAUAUACACAUAACACCAUCCCAAACUAUGACCGAAAAGACUAUCCAUGCAACGUUAUCUUUACACAGGACCAAAAAAGAGGAUAUCUAAUGCUAGGAAAGAACCAGAUGUUCUUGAAGGUACUCUUGGUAGAAGUAAACUGUAGAACAUUGUGCCGUUUCAAGAUUAAUCAUAGUGAUCUUCGAUUUUUUUUCCUUUCCAUGUUUAAAACUACAUUGCCUUUCUGAUAUGUUUUUUUUUUUGCAUUCUGUACUUUUCUGUACUCUACAUUUUAUUUUUGUACAAUCAACGAUCUGUGCUCUUGGUCUAUUGAUGUUGUUUUCAUUUGUUACAUUAUUCCUUUAAUUUUACUGUUAAAUUACUGUGGAAAAGAAAGCUGUGGGAAAAAAGGUUUUCCUUGGCAUAACACUCGCGUCAGACAUGUGCUUCCUACUGGGACGUCUCUUGUCCAGCCCCUUGCCACCCCACUCCUGACCUGCCCUCCACCCGGGCCCACACCCUGUACCGAAACCCAUUCCAACACCUUCCUCUGUUCAACCCAUAUCCCUCCGCCAUGCUCACCUGACACACGUCAUGUUUUUUUUAUAUAAUCGGAAUGAGCCUACCCUACAAGUUAAUCAAGCCUUUAAAAGAUCAGUGACCAAACACUGUCAGAGGUGCCGAUCUGGGGGGACUCUCUAUCACACAUGCAUUACACACUCCGACACGUACAACCGUUCACCUAUCCCUCCCUCCCUCUCUCAUUCCUGGUGUUGGCCCGCCCAUACACACUCAAGCUGGUUCCUGACCACGAGGGACUCAUUGGCACCCCUGUGUUAGAAAUGAUUUGAUUAUUUAGAGCCCUUCCAACAUUCCUAGAGUGAUUGGUGCGCCAGCCAGAAACUGUAGUCAUAAAACAAGUGUACCUAGUAGGAGGUGUGGACACCACACAGAAUUCAGAAACGCCAUUUGCUUUUUUUGUUGUCUUUUUAUCUGUCUUCAGGUGAAGCACUCUUUGAAAAGCACAUUAUUGACUUUAAAACUGUAUGAAUUUAUUUUCACCUAUCAACAUUUAGUUAAAGUAUUUAAAUGAAAAAUCUGCUCUUUUUUUGAGGAAAGUGGCUGCAAUAUAGAAGUUACUGAAUGAAUAGCAGUUACUGAAUGAUGUCAGCAAUGACUGCACCACCACUUCAGUUUCGUAUUUUGUUAUUUGGUGAAAUGUCUGUCUGAAGCAGAUUAUAUUCAAAAUAAAAAAGUGACAACUUAUGAUCAUCUUUUCAU